AAAUUAAGUAUAAAUUUGUGUACUUAAUUAAUAAAAUGUUGAAGUUUAUUGGGUUUUUUAAUGAAUAUUAUUAUUUUUAGCCUUUUGUUUUCUUUUCCAUUUCCAACAAAAUGUCUGAACUACGGCCUUCGAUUCGUGAAGGGAAAAGCCCUAGCCAGCUCUGAAGUUGAAUGGAAGCCUUAGCUGCUGAACAUUUAGAGAGAACCUGUAUUGUUUCGUCCUGUAUUUAGCUAAAAGGGAUAGUAUUCUUAGCAGUUCGGGUUUUGAAGUAUUCGUAGCAUUUUAGCUUUGCAAUUUCUGAAAAUGGUUGGAAAUACAUUAGUCCAGAUUCCAGCAUGCCCGUCUUUGUCAUCUUCAACUUUGACCACACUCCCGCAUUCUUCUCCAAAAAUUUUGCCAUGUCUUCCGCCUAAACUAAGAAUGAGGCUGGCAAAAGUUAGAGCUAUGUCUGCUAGUACGGAGCAUAACCCACAGCCUGGUUCUUCAGAUCAAAAGAAUCUGCUUGCUGUUGUUUUAGAUAUUCCUCGGAAUAUUUGGAGACAAACAUUACGUCCAUUGAGUGAUUUUGGGUUUGGUCGUAGAAGCAUUUGGGAAGGUGGGGUUGGGUUGUUUCUUGUGUCAGGUACUGUGCUGCUUGCACUUAGUCUGGCUUGGUUGAGGGGGUUUCAGAUUCGUUCUAAAUUCCGGAAGUACCUAGCGGUGUUUGAAUUUGCUCAGGCAUCUGGUAUUUGCACUGGAACACCUGUUAGGAUUAGAGGGGUGACUGUAGGCAAUGUUGUACGUGUUAAUCCCUCCCUGAAAAGUAUAGAAGCUGUUGUUGAGGUUGAAGAUGAUAAGAUUAUUAUACCUCGAAAUUCGCUGAUUGAAGUCAACCAAUCUGGUCUUUUGAUGGAAACUUUGAUUGACAUCACACCACGGGAUCCAAUUCCAUCACCUUCUGUGGGACCUCUCGAUGCAGAAUGUGUUAAGGAAGGCCUAAUUGUAUGUGAUAGGCAAAAGAUAAAGGGGGAACAAGGGGUAAGUCUGGAUGCCUUGGUAGGGAUUGUCACCCGUCUUGCUCGUCAAAUGGAGGAAAUUGGUAUUGCCAACACCUAUUCACUUGCCGAGCGCGUUGCUGCUGUUAUUCAGGAUGCAAAGCCCCUGCUUACAAAGAUUGAAGCCAUGGCUGAAGAUGUGCAACCUUUGUUAUCUGAACUUCGUGAUAGUGGUCUGCUUCAGGAGGUUGAGAAUUUGACCAGAAGUCUAACACAAGCCUCUGAGGAUUUAAGAAGGGUACAUUCAUCCAUUAUGACCCCUGAGAACACCGAAUUGAUUCAAAAAUCAAUUUAUACUCUGAUUUUUACUUUGAAGAAUAUCGAGAAUAUAAGUUCUGAUAUACUGGGAUUCACGGGUGAUGAGUCUACAAGAAAGAACCUGAAAUUACUUAUCAAGUCGCUUAGCAGGAUGUUGUGAUGGUGAAGUGAAAAGAAUAGAAUAAUUGAUUAGACAGUCCAAACUCAAAACUGGUUUGUUGUUCUUUUUUUUUUUUCCAUUGUUAUAAAGGGAGAAAUUGAAGUGAAGCUUCCAGUUUGUACUCUUUAUGUUCCAUUGCAGUUUCUUAGAAAAUCUUGAUGCUUGAGGUAUUUGUUGCACACCUUUUACUAGUAUAAAUGAAAAUCAAAUUUUUUUUUUCGAUUUUUAA